CUCAGUCCACUGUCUACCUGGCAAGUUGGAGUUCUUCUGAUGAGGGUCUGGAAUCUGGAUUUUUGGAUUUGAGGGGGAAACUUGAUGGAAGUGACAUUUAACUGUAUGGAUUAAUGUUUUUCUCUGGAUUAUUUUGCCUCAUUAUGUUGAUUGAAUAGUUUUGGAAAGUGCGUCUUCAUUCAGGUCACCGUCAGUGCAAUUGUUUUUCAGUGGUAAAUGGCAACGUGAGGAUUUGUUAAGCAGUGCAUGAGCCAAUCCAGCCCCUCUGCACCAUGCGCUUGGAGUGGCCCUCCCUGCGCUGCAGCCUCCUUGCGCUCCACUUACUUCUGGCUGAGGCGCGCUGGAGCGGCGCCUGUCCCACGUCGUGCGCAUGCUAUGUGCCGACGGAGGUGCACUGUACCUUCCGGUACCUGAGCACCAUGCCCCGUGAGAUCCAGCCGGCUGUGGAGAGGAUCAACCUGGGGUACAACAGUCUAUCAGUGAUAAAAGAAAAUGAACUGUCAGGGCUGACAAACCUGGAAUUGCUGAUGCUGCACAGUAACCUCAUCCAAGACAUUGAAAACAAGGCGUUCCACCAUCUAAAGGCUCUGCAGGUGCUAAAAAUGAGUUACAACAGAGUGAAGGAGCUUCGAAAGGAGACAUUUCAGGGCCUGGAUAAUUUACUGCGUCUCCAUAUGGACCAUAAUCGCAUUGAAUUCAUCCACCCAGAAGCUUUUUAUGGUCUGACUUCCCUACAGUUAGUGCAUCUCGAGGGCAACCUGCUCCAACAACUUCAUCCAGACACAUUCAUAACUCUGAGACACAGUCAGAUUUUCAAAUUUUCUUCCAUCAAGACCAUUUAUCUAUCGGACAAUCUAUUGUUCACUCUACCUUCUACUGUGUUCUCUGGCUGUUACCAGCUAGAAAACCUCUUUCUUAAUGGAAACCCCUGGUCAUGUGACUGUAGGAUGGACUGGUUUGCAGAGUGGAUGAAAAAGAAUCCAGGCAUCCUGAAAUGCAAAAGAGACAGAAAGUUUCCUGGAGAGCAGCUCUGUCCUGUCUGUGAAUCACCAGUUACCUCCAGAGGCAGUAAUAUGAUUCAUCUAGAUGCCUACACAUGUUCUAAGCCAUGGAUUCAUCCCCAUUUAAAACAGAAGAAUAUCACUAUGGAUGAGAACAGCUUUGCCCCAGUUUUCCCAAAGGAUUUUAUUGCUCCAAUAGGAAUGAUUGAAAUGAACAUUACAGACCAGUUCCACAAUGAUGCCAACAUAGCCUGUGUUGUACAGAGACCAACAGGGUUGGAAAAUUUGAAUGUAACCCACGGAGUGAAGGCUGAAGACGUUACAACACUUAUUGCAACUGUGGCCACAUCACUUGUUUGUAAUAUUGACUAUGAGCACAUCCGUCAGCUUUGGGGCAUUUUGGCCACUUACAGUGAUUCUCCAAUGACACUUGAGAGGGGGCUCCUCCUCGCUAUGCCACCAGACAUGAUCUACAAGUACAAGCAAGCAAGGCCAGCUAAUGAUGAAAUCUUCACAGAGAUUGAGGCAAAUAUUAAGGCAAAUCCUGCAUGGUUAAUGCAAGAUGUCAUCAGCUUACAACUAGACCGCACUACAACCACAUACUCAACCCUUCAUAUCAAAUAUUCGUCCAAUGUCGAAAUGAAUGUUGAAGCAAAUAAAGUAAGUAGAGAUCGAUACAGCUGGACUAUGAUCAAAAGGGACAACCAGACUAAGACAGAGUCUUCAGUACUUUCUGGUGGUCUGGCUGAACUGAACUGUCAAACCUACGGUGAUCCUAAACCCUCUACAGAGUGGAUAUUACCAGAUGGAAUCAAGGUGCGAGCACCAUAUACAAGUGAGGAUCAGAGGAUUGUAAUAGCAGACAAUGGGAAGCUUACUUUAAGAGCAGCAGAUAGCUCUGAUGCUGGUGUCUAUCGUUGUAUUGCAACCAACUAUCUGGAUGCAGAUGUACUUUCCUUUAGGGUUACUGUCUUGUCCCCAGAUGUUGAAGAGGAGGAAAUCAAUGGGGUUCAGCUUUUACGUUCAGUGGGUGAGAGCUUAUUCCUUGAUUGUGAAACAACAGGUAGCCCUCAAGCCUCUGUUCAGUGGAUAUUACCAGACCACACUGUUUUGGACAGGUCCUAUGGAAACAGGAAACUCUACCAAAAUGGCACUUUGAAAAUACAUGGACUGACUGAAAGGGACAGGGGAUUUUAUAGAUGCAUAGCUGCUAAUCAUAUUGGGGUAGAUUUGCUAGCCUCCCUAGUGACCAUUUCAAAUGAUGGGUCAAAAAGGGUAAGACUGAUAGAUUUAGAGGGGUCUGGUGAUGAUGUGCAGCCCAACACAGAGGAUCCACACAAGAACCACAGUGAACAUCUUUCCAGGGUCAGCCAAGAAUCAAGGACAGUUACUUCAGACCGACCAUAUCCUAGGCUCAGGUCCUCACUUCGCAGGGUACCAACAAUGAGAAGAGGUGGUAGCAGACACCCUGGGUGGACUAGAAGGGUGUUUGAUAAAACAUCCAGGAAAGUAGACCCAGAGAAAUUAGCAAACUUUAUUAAGAGGUCUCAAAAUAAUAAACAAGGAAAGGCUGCAGAUGGUGAGAUCAUUCCCUUGGAGGAUUCAAAAGCUCUUGGUGAUGAGACAGGUUCAGGCAAUGAAGGGAUUGAAGGCAACAUUUUCAGUCCAAGUCAUGACAUGACAAUUACAGGAAAUACAGAAAAUAAUUAUGUGACCAUCUAUGACCAGCGUGAGAACAAUCAGAAGAGUGGUGCUAUGAUCACAGAAGUAGUAAGAGAUGAUCCCAGCAAUUUCAUGACAACACCAGGGCACAUUAACACAAUUUCAACAGAUUCAUACUCAUACACAGAUGCCACCCCAGUGCAGGCUAGUGUCACCCUUGGCAACUAUGAAAUUCAAAGCGAUGAGACAACACCAUUUAUGGGUUAUACAAUUAGAUCUAGUGAUAGAAAGUUCUACAGUCCUGAAAUACAUACAUUCAAGCCUUUACAACCAGUAACUUUAAAAUUUACAGUUACAGAGAGCAUGGAUAAAAUGGAACUUCAAUUUUCUGGGGAUACACCAGAGACUGCAACAGAGAUCAUGCCAAAUCUUAAUUCUCAGAGCCUUAAUGUGACACGCAUGAUGGAUCGCUCAGCCCAAAGAGUGAACCCUGUGGUACACACAUCAACAGACCAUGAAAGCCAGACCACAUUUACAGCAGUCACAACAACAGAAAGAGAACAAGAUGAAAUUACUUUUCAUACUACUCAAAGAAUCAAGUCUCCCCGUCUCCCUCCUGGAUCCACCAUCAUCUCCCACCAGCAAAUACACAUUAUUCCUCCAAAUAAAAAACGUCCAGGGAGAAGACGUAACUUUCCAAGCAGACGCAGGUUUAUCCGACCAAACAAAAUUACAGACAUACAGUCCUUGCUAGACAAGUUCAAAAGACCAUCUGUAAAGCAUGAGGGUAAUGCCACUGUUCCAUACACAGUGGAGCUGACUACAGACUGUGAACUGUGUGGAGGAUUGUCUACCAUAAAGUCCAGAACAGUAGAAGAGCAAUCAGUUGUCAGACCAACCUCUUCUUUAAGAAAGACAGAAAUACCCAAACCCACAACAACACUAAGCACGCCAUUUGUUACUUCCCCAAAGAUGUAUACUACAUCAAGUUCACUCAACGUUGAGGCACAGUUGAAGCCUAAAGCUACCUCUGCAUUUGCCCCUGAGCAAGAGCCAACACAAGAUCCUAUGAAAGUAUCAACCACUGUUAUAGCUACAACCACGACCACUAAAUCUUCUAAAGUCAUACGAGGAAAGAUACCAUGGCACAAAUUAUUUGGAAGCAAAGAGAGUCAGCGGGAAAUUCUUAACAGACUUAGGAAACCAGCUAAACCAUCCACUACAACACAGAGCACAACAUCAGUCAGAACCAUGACCACAACACCACCAUCAAAGGUCACAGCUACCCUACCUACUGGAGAAUCAAUAGUAGCACCGAUGACUGCCUCUCCUCCCGUGGCACAAGAAAAUUCAGAGACAUCUUCUGAUGACAUAUCAGGUUCUUCAUCCUUCACAGAAUCACAAGCUUCUUUUGAUGUGAUAGCUUCAUUUACAACUGCCGGUCCAUUCAGCAAUUACCAUAAAACAGCUGUUCUGCACAGUCCUGCAACUACACCUACAUAUGGAUCUAGGUUAUCCACAACUACAGAGUCCCAAAUUACUCCAAUUCUACCAGCCCCACCAACAACUAGAACUAUGUCCAAGGAAGAUAGUUUGGAAUCAAGUACCUCCGGCUCUGAUCCAGGGGAGUCUGCACAGUUUGUUGGAAGAUCUUGGAGAAAUCGAAAGCCAGGAUUCCACAGAAGACGUUUCAGAGGAAGAAGGCCAAUAAAGAAAACAACGACACAAGCUCCAACUACCAGACUUACUACACUGGAAACCACCUCUCUUGUGCCACAGACAGAGUCAAGUUUGCACAGACCCUUGUAUACACCUGCUGGAGAGACAGUGAAAUCCUCCAAACCAUCUAUUACUAAGACUAGUAAAAGCUCUAACAGUGAAGAAAGGGACAACUCAGCCAAAACCACCAUUUCCCCAAAAAUCUCUACAACCAGUGAAUCCAUACCAACCUAUCCAACGUCAACACCAAGGCCAUACACUACGCCACAGUCCCAAAUCCGCAGUAACAAAAGAGGAGGUGGAAGGUAUCAAACACAGAGACCUGUAAUUAGAAGAGUAAGGCCAAAAGUGUCAGUGGGUAAACACACGGAUCAUCUAGAACAACCCAGACCAAGAGUUUCAUCUGCAAAGCACAAGGAUAGAUCUAAGGAUAGGAUAGGUAAUGGGAAGACAAUAACUUUUGACACAGUAACUGUUCUCAAAGCAGAAGAAAGUUAUAAGAGCACCUCAGUUCCAUACAACAGUGAUCUUGCCAACAGUCUUUCAAACACCUAUGAUGAAACUACAGUGUAUGACACUACACUAUCAAAUGCCAUUGGCUUGGAAUCAACCACAAUUGAUAUGAACUCCAAGCCAAGAAUUCUUGGGGGAAAUGCAGCAAGCUUUACAGUUGAUUCAAAUUCUGAUGCUUUCCUUCCAUGUGAGGUUACAGGCAACCCUGCCCCUGCCAUCAGCUGGAAACGAUUUUCCUCAAGUACAGGCAGUACCUUGACCAUUAAAGGCAAAAUGGGUAAAUUUGAAGUAUUCAAAAAUGGAACUUUGUUGAUCCAGAAUGCCAAUGUCAAAGACCGGGGACAAUAUCUUUGUCUGGCUGAGAAUGAUUAUGGCUCUGACAAACUCCUGGUCAUGCUGUCAGUGCUUGCUUAUCCCUCACAGAUAUUGGAACCAAAAGUCAGAGAGAUUAAGGUUCACUCUGGUGAAGCAGUCGAGAUGAGAUGCAAAACAGAAGGUAGACCAGUGCCUGUGGUGUCAUGGAUUCUAGCAAAUCGUACUCAAGUUAGGGGUCAAAACAAUGAUCAGGGCAGAGUAAAAGUCACCCCAGAGGGUACUCUAGUUAUCCAGCAGGUGUUUGUUUAUGACCGCGGACACUAUAAGUGCAUUGCUAGUAAUCCAGCUGGUGUAGACACAGCUACAGUGCGUCUGCAAGUGGUGGCAGCACCUCCUGGCAUCUUGGAGGAGAAACGGCAGCUUGUGAGGGUUGAUGCUGGACAGAGUGUGUGGAUUCCCUGUACAUCACAAGGAGACCCUCAGCCCACUGUACACUGGGUCUUGUUUGAUGGGACUAUUGUAAGAGCACAUAACACUCACUUAAGAGCAUUUGUAUUUCCUAAUGGCACUUUUCACAUGAAAAACCUGGAUAUUUCUGACAGUGGAAAAUAUGAAUGCAUCGCUACAAGUUCCACAGGGUCAGAGCGGCGAGUGGUCACUCUAUCUGUGGAAAAAACUGAAACUGCUCCCCAGAUAAAUGAAAUAUCAGACAGGCGAACAGAGCUGGAAUAUGGCGGUCAACUUCAGUUGAACUGCUCUGCAACCGGAAAUCCCAAACCUCGAAUUAUUUGGAGGCUUCCCUCCAAAGCCCUUGUGGAUCAGUGGCACAGAAUGGGCAGCCGUAUCCAGGUGCUGCAGAACGGCACGCUUAUCAUCGACUCAGUCAGUGAGAAAGACGCUGGAGACUACCUUUGUGUUGCUCGCAGCAAAGUUGGAGAUGAUCUACAGCUAUUGAAGGUCUCUGUGUCCAUGAAGCCAGCUAAAAUUGAACCCAAGGUUGUCGGCAAGAAGCAGGUACCAUAUGGCAAGGACAUCAAGGUAGACUGCAAGGCCUCUGGUGCUCCCAUACCAGAUAUUUCAUGGGGCUUACCUGAUGGUACAUUAGUAAACAGUGCCCUUCAGGCAGACAGCAGCAGAGGGAGUCGCUCCAAACGUUACGUCUUGUUUGAUAACGGAACACUCUACCUGAAUAAGGUGGGAAUGGACGAAGAGGGAGACUAUACUUGUUAUGCAGAGAACAAACUUGGCAAAGACGAAAUGCAUGUUCACAUCACUGUGGUAACGGCAGCACCUCGGAUUCGCCCUCCAAGGCUCACCUAUGCCAAAGUGAGGCCAGGAGGGAAUAUCCGCUUUGACUGUGAAGCCGUAGGAGAACCCAAACCAAAGAUCCUGUGGAUGCUACCCUCAAGUGACAUGAUUGCUGCAUCAAAUGAACGGUACUUGAUGCAUGUCAAUGGAUCUCUUGAUAUCCGUGAUGUGAAGUUAGUUGAUGCUGGAGAGUACGUCUGCAUGGCCCGCAAUACUGCAGGUGAUGAGAGCAAAGUGUACAAGAUAGACAUUGAUGGCAAUCCACCUGUCAUCAAUGGCUAUUACCAGAACAGAACAGUUGUGAAACAUACAGCACCAAAAUAUUCAAGGAAGCUUAUAGACUGCAAAGCAGAAGGGGACCCACCUCCUAGGAUCACAUGGAUAAUGCCAGACAAUAUCUUUCUCUCAGCUCCUUACUAUGGAAGCAGGAUAAACGUCCAUCCCAAUGGGACUCUUGAGAUCCGCAACGUUAGACCUACAGACACAGCAGAGUUCAUCUGUAUGGCCAGGAAUGAUGGUGGUGAAGCUGUUAUGGUGGUGCAGCUGGAGGUUACCAGCCAACUCAUGAGGCCUAUCUUCAAAAACCCUUUUAACGAGAGAUUGGUGACUAGACUGGGAAAAACGACAAUACUUAACUGUUCUGCUGAUGGACAGCCACCUCCAGACAUUAUUUGGACUUUACCCAAUGGUACCCAGCUUAUUGGUGGGCCUAGCAGAGGUGCUCAUCAUCACCUGGGCAAGGAUGGGACCUUUGUCAUCUAUAACCCAAGCAAAGAGGAUGCUGGGAAAUAUCGUUGUGCUGCUAAGAACAAGGUUGGAUAUAUUGAAAAGCUGAUUGUUCUAGAAGUUGGACAAAAGCCUUAUAUUCUGACACGACCAAGAGGGAUUAUCCGCAGUAUGUCUGGGGAACCUCUGUUCCUUCAUUGCCUCGCAGAUGCAAGCCCUCGUCCCACCAUCAUUUGGACCAUUCCAGGGGGUCAUGUCCUUAACCGUCCUCAAUCAGCUGGUCGCUACCAGCUAAUGGACAAUGGAACACUGGUCAUCUAUCAGACCAAGCUACAUGACCGAGGGAACUAUGUGUGCCGGGCAAAGAAUGAUGCAGGUGAAGCCAUGCUUACCAUACCUGUGGUCAUCAUUGCGUACCCACCCCGCAUCACCAAUGGACCCCCACCAACUUUGAAGAAAAUAUCAGGUAGUCCUGUACACCUUAAUUGCUUUGCUACUGGAAUACCAAAGCCAGAAAUCUCCUGGGAGCUUCCAGAUCGAUCAGUCCUCUCCACGGCUGGAAAAGGACGUCCAGCAGGCAGUGAGCUUCUUCAUCCACAGGGCACGCUCAUAAUCCAGAAGCCAACAGUAACAGAUUCGGGCCACUAUAAGUGCCUAGCAUCUAAUUACCUUGGCACAGACACCAGAACCACCUACAUGAGGGUCAUGUGAAAGAGACAGUAGUGGUCUAUAGACAGUAUAGACAAUUUUCCAUCAGACUGAGCAUGAGAUACUCUCUUGACAUUUUCCGCAGAGGUCAUUUAAAGAACGAGUUCCAAGUUUCUCUGACUUUACGUCACAUUGGUGGCAAGUUACAGGACAACAAAAAGGAUGAGGGUGCAGGACAGAUGUUGCAAUGAUUGCACCAUAGAUUUGUGACUUGUUGAAUUCUGGAGGCUCACAAAUGCUUCAUGUUUGUUGCUUUUCAUAGAGCCCAAGACAAACGCGCAGAGCUAGACUGUUGCAGUUAUUGCAGAUAAAGCUGUUAUUGUACAGUACAGUGUAAGAUAGAGUGCACUACUUUGAUUACUGUCAAACAUUUAUUGCUCAGUAGUGUUGUUUUACCAUGUAUUUUGAAAGAGUUUAUAUUUCUUUUCAUAGAUUUCUUUUAUAGCAUCUGUCAGUUGCAGUUGUGUUGUACAAUAUUUAAAAAGGAUAUAACAUUUUUUACAUGGAAUUAAUAUAUUUUGAUUGCAAAUUUCACAACACUUAUUCUAAUAAUAGCGUAUGGCUUUCCUUCCAUUAAUGUGUCACUAAAGAAACAAAUACAGCAUCUGUCUUGUGAUAAAUCAGGCAACGUGAAUGUGCUUUGCUCAUUUUCUCCAGAAACCCUGUUGUAUAUGUAGUGUAUGUGGCUUUCAUUCCAUUAUUUUUGUUAGCCAAAAGACAAACUCAGAUUUCUGAAGAAUAGAGCUUAUUUCCAGAUAUUUUUUCUUGUUUUGAGUUAUUUUAUAGAGAGAAACUGUCAUAUUCCAUGGCAGAUCAUUUCACUUGUUUUGAUAACUAACAAGAAACAAUGCUCAAAACAAGCCCAAUGAUAAAACUAGAAUAAAAUAAGACAGCUUAAAGCUAAGUUGUCAUUUUUUGUUGUGUAUAUCAUAUCAAUAUCUCUCAAAUAAGGAAAUCCUAAACUACUCAAUCAAAUCAAUGAAAAUAAUCAACUGCUUUGUCUGCUUCCAUGCUCAACUGGUAUACUGAGCGACCAAAGAUACAGGCACAGUCAAGCUAGAUGUAAACACUUCAUUGAACUAAUGAAAACAAAGGUUAUAGUUAGCUUGACAGCUAAGCUAAAUUGAUGAACUGGAAGUUUGAAUAACUUUGGUUGAAAAAGUUCCAUUCCCUGUUUAACAGCCUGCCCAGUUUCAGUUUUAAUUUCCCAAGUAAAAGCUCAAGCAAACUACUUGCCCUUAAUUUUUUAUAAUAAACAGCUACAUGUUUCAUA